GUCGCUCCCGGAGCGGGGCCGCGAUGGCGUCGCGGGGUGUCGCCCCCCAGCGCGGGGCGGCGGGCAGGCGCUGAGGGAAAUGGCCACCGAGCCCCCGCGCCGGGCGCGGCCUCCCCCCGCGGGGGGCGACGGCGCCGAGCCCGAGGCCGAGCCCGAGGCGGCCGCGGCCGGGGGCUGGCGCCGGGGGUUGAACGGCUGCGUGCCGCUGGCGCACCAGGUGGCCGGACACAUGUACGGCAAGGAUAAAGGCGGUAUUCUGCAGCAUCCUGAUGGCACAGUCUUGAAGCAAUUGCAGCCACCACCUCGGGGUCCCAGAGAACAAGAGUUUUACAACAAGGUUUUUGCUGCUGAUUGUUGUGACAGUGUUCUCCUUGAGCUGCGGAAAUACUUGCCAAAAUAUUUUGGCAUCUGGUCACCGCCUACUGCACCAAAUGAUCUCUACCUAAAACUGGAAGAUGUGACCUGUAAGUUUAAUAAGCCUUGCAUAAUGGAUGUGAAAAUAGGCCAGAAAAGUUAUGAUCCAUACGCUUCAGCUGAGAAGAUUCACCAACAGGUCAGCAAGUACCCACUUAUGGAAGAGAUUGGGUUCUUGGUUCUUGGCAUGAGGGUUUACCAUGUCUGCACUGACAGUUAUGAGACUCAAAAUCAGCACUAUGGGCGAAGCUUAACAAAAGAAACUAUAAAAGAUGGAGUGUCCAGGUUUUUUCAUAAUGGAUCCAGUUUGAGAAAAGAUGCUAUUGCUGCCAGUAUUCAAAAGAUUGAAAAAAUCUUGGAGUGGUUUGAGAGCCAGGAGCAGCUCAACUUUUAUGCAAGUUCCUUGCUGUUUGUUUAUGAAGGUUCAUGUCAGCUGACAAACACAAGGUUGAGUGGUGGCACAUUGGUAGAAAAGAGAGUUAUGCCUAAGGGGCUGUUACCAGAUGGAGACAUACUGGAAUUUAAUAAUAAUAUUAAUGUAAUAAAUGCUACGGAGAAUGGAAAAAUAGAGGCCUCUGUUGGUAAAAGCUUCUCUAAAAUUUAUGCACUUCACAAAAAUGCAUACUCAAAGCGGCAUCACAGUCAGAUCUCACUAAAAGUUGAAAAUCUGGAGCAAGACAGUGUAUGGAAAAACACUUGCAUUUCCCAGGAACAUCUAAAUGGAAACGUUCUACCCCAACUGGAAAAGGUUUUCUGCCAUAUGUCUGCAGAGAUAAAGGAAAGUGCAGAUGUAGACAUCCGAAUGAUAGAUUUUGCUCACGUGUUCCCUAGCAACACAAAGGAUGAUGGCUACAUUUAUGGUCUGAAGAAUUUAAUUACUGUACUUCAAAAUAUUUUAGAUAACUAAAUUCUUUGUUAUGGUUUUUAUUGGGGCCAAUGCUAAUGAAGAGCAACUACAUGAAGGAUUUCUGCACUUGUAUGCUGUAUAAUUGGGUUUGUAAUGUUCUAUAUUUUAUUUGUCUUUGUACUUUUGGUAGAAGGGUUUAACUUUUUAUAAUCUUACUCAGGAAAAUUAAUUGGUAGUUAGUUUUGAAAGAUAAAGAUACUUAGGAAAGGUAAGCAGAGGUGGUGGAUAAUUGAAUUAAUAUACUGAAACAUACAGAUGGGCCGAAUCAAAGGCAAAUUGUUAUCUAAAAAUUAAGGCUUGAGUUGGCUCUCCAUUACUGCUUUAUCUUUUAGAUUAUUUCUAUCCACUUUUAUCUUGACACUGAGCCAUAUUUGAAUUAACGGGUUUAGAUUAACUGAAAAACAAGAAAGGACGAGCUGAUGUUUUCAGUGUUGUCCUUGUAUGUUUACUGCAUUUUGAAAACUGGAUAACCCUAUUUUGAGAGAAAUUCCUGUUUAGAUUCUGUGUUCUGACUUGGCAACCAGCAUAUCAAGAGGUGCUUCUCUAUGAAAUGGCACAAUAUUGCUGUAUUCCUAAAAACUGGUCGAGGCUUCUGCUUUUUCAUGGAUCGGCUUUAAUGUACAUUCAUAGGCUACAGUGUAAUUCAUGUCGGAGUUGUUGAAAUGCUGGACUAGAAUCAUAAAACAAAGGUUUUAGUUUUAUGACUAGACUGGGAAAUCGUAUCUACUCUGUUUUAAAAAGAAAAAUCUAAAAACUCCAUCUUGUUUCUAAUAUAAAACUCUGAAGCCUGUUCAGAAGUAUGUCUUCUGAAACAUGCUAGAAAUUAUUUUCUGGAAGGAAUAUCUGACACUGAGUAAAUGGAGGAUUGGAGUGCUCCUUUCUUUUAACAAUAACUUAAGCAAAAUUUAACAAGAAUGAAAAAUUUAAAAGGCAGAUUUAAAGGGAACACUUCAUAUUGUGAUUUCCUAUUCAUAUUGUGAUUUCCUAUGGUUAUUUUAUGAGACGCUGGGCCUGGUGCGCGCACAUGUGUGGUGGUCUUUUUUUAGCAAGUGUCCAGAGUUCCACUGCAGAGUUGCCCCAGAUGGAAACUGAGUAAGCUCCAGGCAGGAACAGGAGUGUUUAGAAGUGAAAGAGAGAAUUCAGCUUGGAACCAGGAACACCUUCCUUUACUUCCAUGGUAUUUUUUUUCCAUUUACACCAAGGCUAAAAUUGAUCUGUUUGUUACUGACAGAAGUAAAUUAUGUAAUAUGGCAUCAGACCUGUAUUUGUAUACAGGCAAAAUUAAAAUAUUCAUAUGCUGGCAUUGUAACGAAAUGUCUCACUUAUAGUUGGUGUGCCUCUUUUCAUGCUAUAUAUGUUGCUAAGCAAUAUAAGAUACCAUGCCAAGAGGUGCUUAAAAUGUGGCAAGUACUGUCGGACGUUUUAAUACCUUAUGUCAAAGGUGUAAAACACCCAAAUUGGUUGGAAUUCCAUAUUUAUUACCAUAUCUAAAUGUGGAUUUACUGUGGCAUUGUGUCUUUGCUGUUUUUUAUGAUGUCUUGCACUGUGCAUUUGUUCGUAUAAAUGUAUCUGCAAAUUUUGUUGAUUGAAAUUAGGUCUUGUAUUUUGGAAAGAGAGAACUGUCUUUUCCAAAAAAAAUACGUUAAAGAUACUUAUCUAAUUGGAAGCAAAAAUAUAAUAGGUCAGACUAAAUUGUUUAAAAUUGUAAGUUAAUAUUUGGUAGUAAAGUGUCAACAUAUAAGCAGUUUACAAAGCAAGAUAUGUUCAAAGUUCGAAAUAGGACAAAUGCUUAGAAACAGUUGCUUUGGUGGAAAUGUUAUGUUUAGGGGAAGGCUAAAGGAUAAUAUUUCAACUUUUGGUGAUAUUUUCAUUGCAGACAUGAAAUUGAAACUCACUGAUGUAUUCCUAACUCCCUGUGAACUAAAUUAAGUUCUAUCCUGGAAAACUUGUAUGUUGUUUGCUAUAGUGUUCUCAUGUUUUCUGUCCUGAUUUUGUUCUGUUCCUCUAGUAAUUAAUGCUAAUUAGUUUAGCCUCUUAGUGGCAUCUUCUUUUAUAAAUUCAGGAAAAAAAAAGAAGGGAAACCACCUCUGCAGCUAUAUUUGAAUUCUUACGUCUCAGUUCUAAUUCAUCUCUCCUGGGUAUUAAUCCAUUCAUGCCAGGAAAAUCAGACACGGGACUCAGAGAAGCCAAUUAUUGGGAAAAAUGAUCUGUGUUCUCCCAGUCAGCAAUAUAAGCGCAUUCUCCUAUCUGUACUGUAAGAUAUGUCUUCAGUGUUUGAAUGCUUUUCUAGUGUUAAAUAUGCUGUGUUGAUUAUGGCAGUGUUUGUAAUGCACUUGGAAUAUUGUUAAAUUGUCAGUUUAUUUUGAAUAAAAUAAUCAAGUAACUAUCUUUUUUUCAGCAGUAAUUAUUGCAGAUGUAUUUUUCUUACUUAAAACUAACUUGGAAGAACCUCAGAUAAAAAAUACUAGUAGGUGUAACUAAAAGCUUGCAGAAGUGUCUUCGCAUAGUAUAAACCUACAAAUGUAUUUCAUGCAGAAAUUUGGGGGGUUGCGCAUUUUAGAUUAUUGGUAUCUUGUACAAGUCAAAUCAACAUUUAUAAAUUGUAUUUGGAAAUGUAAUUGUGACUGAUUUCAAUAUCUUGACUUUGGUAAACUGAUUACAAAAACUAGAUAGAAAAGAAGGGAGACACUGAUAUGCUAGGGCCAUGUUGUGGUACUGAUUCUCUUUUUAGGUUUAAUUCUCAUUUAAAUGAUCUCUCUGCAUUCCUUUAUGAACAGUAUAGACAACAGAUUAAGCUACACAGAUGUCUUUACUUAAAUAGUAAUGAAACCCUAUAGUGAUUUCUGCUAAACAAAACCAACAGUACCUGCCUCCUGAUUGGAAUAUUACCUGCUCAAAAUUGUGUGAUUUUAAAUUUGACUGUUUUUGAUUUAAGCAAUAAGCAUUUGUUUUAUACAAUAAUAAGUAGUCAAAAGAGUAAAGUAAUGAAAGUACUGUUUUUAAAAUAGCCUUUGUAUAGAUAGUCAUUCUAAAGACUUUUUCUCAUUGGUAAACUGGGGGAACUGCGUACAAGCUUACCUAAUAAGAGUUUUGUAACAAGGCAUUUAUAUUCUUGGUAUUUUUGAUACAGGUGGAACUUGCUGCGUAGAUUCAAAUGAAACUGGAAAUUAUCAUGGCAUUUUAGCCAAGAUGUUUUACAAGCUAAAAUGAGUGAAAUGUCCUGUGUAUAUGAUGUUUAAUUAUGGGGCUUGCAUUUUCAAACUGUUUGCUUCUUUAGUGAAUGGUUAGACUUGUAUUUUUGCUUCCAUGUAACACUACAAUUCCAUACAUACUUAAACUGUUUAGUAGAUUAUGAACACACAACUUUUUUUUUUUUAAUUAAUCAGGAUAAACAGAACUAAUAGCUAGAGGGCAUGAACUAAUGCACAUUACUUUUUCUAGUAAUGUCAAUAUGUAAUGUAUAUCUUCAAACAUGCUUUCCUUGUAUACAGAGAGUUCUUACUUGACUGCAGAGGGUGUUGUGGAUUAUAAAGUAUUCGAAAGCUGACCUUUAGCUCAUUAUAACAACAAAGAAAAAGGGAAAAAAAGAAAAAAAAGAAGGGACUGUGCCAGAAUAUAAGUAUUUGUUCGCAAUCAAAGCUGUUUCACAUCAUCAAAAUGUAUUUAUUUUUUGUCAGUUGAAGUAAUAUGAAGUUGAAGAGAGGAAGAAAGGGUAGCACCACUAAAUGUGUCCAUGCGUGCAUGUCAUUUUCUUUUGUAGAAACUAAGUUUAGUGGGAUUUUUUUUAUGACUGACCAGUUUAGUUUAAGAGCCUCCUAUAUAAGCAAGUCCACAACUACCAUUUAAAAAAAAAAAAAAAAAGUUUGCUUAUUUGUUUACACUUAUUUGCAAUAACCUUUCCUUUUGAGUGCCUUCACCUCCUGCUUUGGUACCAUUAGCGACCUCACAUACCUAACACACCUAAGAUAUGCACCUAAUGCAUCACAGUGGAAUAACUUGAUGAGGAAUCUCUCUGUAAUAAAUUGAUGUCUCAUCUAUGUAAGUAAGGUGCAGAUACUGAAGAACAUUGCCAAAAAUGCUUUAAAUAAUAGUGGGAAGUGUGUGUUUACAUUUGUCACCAUCAAGAAAUGAAUUGAGAUUAUGAUUUUGAAAUAUCUGGUUGGGAACCGGUUUUUAGAUUUUUCUGAAGGUAGAUUUAUGCACAUUUUAAGGAGAAUGUCUCAGACCAUGUUCCAUGAAAGAAAGUUGUUUUAAUGUAAUUUAUAUUACAUUUUGGGCUUCAGCUUAUUACACUAAUAUAGCAAGAACAAUGAAGGUUCAUAGUGUGCAACAAGUGGGACAUUUACUGUAUCUUGCAAUGUAAGUAAUUACUACACCUAAUGCCCAAAGGCCUUGAGGCCUAUGGUAUGUUACUGCUCUUUGUUAGCCAUAGAAUCACAGUGUUUUGUAGUAACGUGUUUCUUGGGAAAUACAUUCCAUUACAGCUUCAUAGGCUUUGUGUACUGCACGUGCUGUUGCUAACAGAAAAAACAGUGAACAAAAAAACUUCCAAAUGGCAAAUGUUUGCAGCACUUCUGAAACUGAGCUGAAAUAAUUGAUUUUUUUUAAUUAUAGGGAAAAUAAGAUUCAAGAACUAUUUCUCCUGUAAUUAUUUCAUAGAAAUGGGCCUUGAAUAUUCCUGUUGGGAAGUGUUGUAGAAAGGAGAUUAUGCUAGGGGGUGGUAACCAGGGGCAAAUACAUUCUUAAUUUGUAUAAAUCUGUUCAAGUUGAUAAUUGUAAUGAGUUAAUAUUUCGAAAUAUGACUUGUAUUGUAUCUGAAUAUAAACGUAACUGAGGUGCACAAAGGCACUUUUUAAUACUCUGGGAACUGUACUGGAAGAUACAUGAAAGCAUGUGAAAUCGCACCUACAACUGUUAAAUGUUGAUUUCUCUCUCCCCCCCCCUUUUUUUAACUGCAGUUCUAAGGUUUUUUUCAUAUUUGAUGAAUGAAUGUACCUAGGCUGGUCUAAUUUCUUCGGUUUAAAUGUCCAAAUGAUGUCACUAUCCUUUUAUUUUGUACAUUUUUGGCUGUAACUCGUACUUUGUUUUUUGCCUUUAUUGAUUUUUUUUUUUUUGGGGGGGGGGGUGGAUAUUGUUAAUGUAGAAUGUGUUUAUUUUAUAAAAAGUCUAAUAAGCUCUAUAUCAACUUUUGUAAUUUAAUUUUAAGUGAUAUUUAGGGUAAUUCUAAUAGCUGUAUAUUUGGCAAACUAUUAAAAUUUUCUGCAAGUUAA